AUGACUACCAAUAUCUCAAGGGGACAAGUAGUCAUCACGUGCGAUCUCUGUGCUAAACCAACUCAGCAGUUUUGUAAGAACUGUCAAGUCAGUUUAUGUGUGGACUGUGUCAGUAAACAUGUGGACAAGCACCAGUCUCUUACACAUGACAUCCUUCCCUUCAAGAACAGAAAGAUACAGUUUGUUUUUCCAGAGUGUGAAUUUUACCCUCACCAGAGAUGUGAGGCCCAUUGUCAAAAGUGUGAUGUCCCAGUGUGCAUCAAAUGUUUUCUUGGCAACCAUAAGGGCAAUGACGCUGUAGAAUUAUCAAAUAUAGUAGAGAACAAAAAGGGAAAAAUUGAAAAAAAAACAAAGGAAAUUGAAAUCGUUAUUAUUCCAAGAUACCUGAAGAGUGCACUGCUAGAUAUAAUGAGUUGGAACAGAGCAUGGAGAAACGUCAAUCUCCAGUUAGACAGAAGAAGUCUCUUAUUUAUAUACAAGCUACUGGACAAAGGCAAAGUUAUUGCCAUCGUUCCUACCGCAGUAAAACCAAUAUGGAGAGUGGCCUGUGUAGGUGAAAAUGCAGCUUGGAUUAGUGGAGAUGACAUAUUCAUUAAACUUGUUGACAUACAUGGGUUUGUGCAGGAUAUUGUCAAGACUACAUCUUUGGAGACGCCUAAUGACAUCACAGUGACGAGACAAAAUGAUCUGGUGUACAGUGACGCUAAAACUAGGACUGUAAAUAUUGUUCGAAAUGGACUGACAGAGGUAAUGUUCACUACACAGAAAGGAUGGAAACCAAGAGGUCUGUGCUGUACUAGAUUAGGUGACAUACUGGUCAACCUGUAUGAUGCAGGUCAAAACAAAAUCGUCCGUUACCAGGGACAAAUGGUGAAACAGGAAAUACAUAAGGAUAAAGAUAAAAAUGAAAUCUUAAAAAUGGUGAAUAUAGGCUUUGCUUAG